AUCGACUGUCUCCUUUGGUGGACAUUCGAUUUUCGCCAUUUGUUCUUUCCUUGCCGUAACUUUUUCACCCUCGUCCCGAUCAACCUGCUGGUAUACUAUACCUUUAUACGCCGCAUGUAGCGACGGCGUGAGCCCUUUGCCAAGUACCAAGUAUACGUACCUUUGUUUGGCGGUGACGACGAUUCCCCGAUUGACGGCAGGCGCGACGGACCCCGAAGGUCUGUCUGCGGGCAGGCGCAACCGAUCUCCCGCUCAACGCCAACGCCAGCGCCAACGGCCGAUCCGCGCGACUCCUGACCAUCUCCGACCUCGCGCCUGCUUCCCCCCCUGAGCUCGUAACACCCGCAAGCCGCACGCUUGGAGCCCGUCCGCCGCCCUCUCGCCGCAUCCGCCGCCGCAGCGCAGCGCGGGCACGUACAUGGGCAGCCCGACCCGUCCCAGCAGCGCCUCGGCUGCCUCUUCCUCAACCACCGCUCCGAUUCACCUCUCGUCCAAGGCGUCGGCCGCCGCUCCGAAGCUCAACAGCGAGAUGGAGAUGGGCAGCCUGCCCGCUGACGCGGCGCCGCCGGCGACGGCGCCCGACAACGACAUCAUGCAGGUCGCCCGCGUCGGCGACAUUGCCGCCAUGGAGAAGCUCUUCGAGUCGGGCGAAUACGACGCGACGUAUGCCGAUGGCGAGGGCAUCACACCGCUGCAUUGGGCAUCCAUUAACAACCAGUAUGCCAUGUGCAAGUUCCUCAUCGAGCACGGCGCCGAAAUCAACAAGAAGGGCGGCGAGUCGAUCGCGACGCCCCUGCAGUGGGCAGCCCAGCGCUGCCACUAUUACACCGUCAACCUGCUCCUCCAGCACGGCGCCGACCCUCUCAUCACCGACGCUCAAGGCUACAACACGCUGCACAUCUCCACCUUCAACGGCAAUGUCCUGCUCAUCACCCUGCUUCUCCACCAGGGCAUCCCCGUGGAUGUCAUCGACAGCUUCGGCCACACCUCGCUCAUGUGGGCCGCCUACAAGGGCUUCCCUCAGUGCGUCGAUGUCUUCCUGCGCUGGGGCGCCAGUGUCCACGCUGCCGACGAACAGGGCUUCACCGCGUUGCACUGGGCGCUUGUCAAGGGCAACCCCGGCUGCAUCCUGAAGCUUAUAGAGUACGGGGCCGACCGCUUUGCCAAGACCGAGUCGGGCAAGACGCCCGCUGUCACUGCCAGCGAGCUCAACACUCAACCCGCCUGGCACCGCGCCCUGCGCGAGUGCGGCUACGAUGAGGACGGCCAUGUCGCGAUGCCCCCGUGGCCUGGCUCCAGCUACUUCCUCAAGGACAAGCGUGCCUUCGCGACCCGCUUCCUCUUCCUCUGGCCGUUUCUCCUUACCUGGAGCGUCCUCUUCGUGCUCUCUCGCUUCCCUGUCAUACUGGGCAUCCCGCUGGCCCUGCUCGCAAUCUAUGCCACUCUUGCAAGCGCCAAACAAGUGCUCGAAUAUGCCCCGUCCGACAUGCGGCACUUCCACAAGACGCCGUGGAUGGCCGGCAUCUUUGCCGGCUCUCUGUUCUUUGUCGGCAUGGACUGGCUCUUCGUCAUCCUGCCUGCGACGACGCGCACUGGGAGCUCGGGAGCGUCCCCCCAUUACAUCCUCAACCUGGUCUUCGCUGUCUUGUAUUGCCUCACCACGUUCUUCUACGCCGCGAGCAUGCGAUAUGAUCCUGGUUUUGUACCCAAGCUGAACGGCAUUGCCGAGCAACGAGCCGUCAUCGACGAUUUGCUUAAGGAAUGGAAGUACGACGAGGCCAACUUUUGUGUUACGUGCAUGAUAAGAACACCACUCCGGAGCAAGCACUGCAGGAGGUGUCAGCGUUGCGUGGCCAAGCACGACCAUCAUUGCCCAUGGGUGUACAACUGCGUCGGCGUCAACAACCAUAGGCAUUUCUUUCUGUAUCUUGUCUGCCUGACCGUGGGCAUCUUCGCCUACGACUGGUUGCUCUACUACUAUUUUGGCAACAUUACGGCAGACGCGUCAGAACAAUGCGCUCUUCUCGGCACUGGUAUAUGCAAGAUGCUGAAUUCGGACGCGUACACUCUGAUCCUGGCUGUGUGGAUCUCUCUCCAGCUCAUAUGGGUCACCAUGCUCGUGUUCACCCAGUUCUUCCAGGUGUCGCGCGCCAUGACGACAUACGAGAACAUGACGGGCAUCCACAUCAGCCCUGCCGUGACAGCCCUCACGUCCACUGGCACGCCACUUGACCCCAACUUGGCGUCCCUCGCAGCGCCCGGCGAUACGCCGAGUGCCGCCAACAAACAUCGUGGCGGCAUGUUGAAGCAGUGGAGCCGGCUGCUCGGCGUCGAUCCGUUCAUCGAGACCAUCACCGGGCGCGGGGCCGCGACGGGGAAGAACAAGCGCAAGAAGAAGAACCCGUACAGCCGCGGCUGCCUGUCCAACUGCAAGGAUUUCUGGUGCGAUCCGGCACCCGUUUUUGGCCAGCGUGAGAAUGGCUCUGCGGUGCUUGGGGGUGCCAAAGUGGACUACACAGCCAUGUACGAAAGCCCAACGCUGAUGCGACUCACUGGCAUCCGGACAAGAGGAGGCUACGAGGCGGUUGGCACGGAGGAAGUCUGAGCAUACCCGUACUAAAGGAUGCGAAAGAAUCACUGCGAAGGGUUCGUGUUGUAAUACCAAGUCAUGAAUGGUGUAUUGGUGCAUUGCGCGGCAUAUAGACCGGUGGGCGUUGGCCAUGGCCAUGAUGAUGGUGGCUUGGAUGGCAUUGCGUGAGGGCUCAUGACUGAUGACGGAGCCACAAGUGUUGUAAUAUUAUAUUCAUCCGCCAUCCGGAAUUGGGGCAAUGCUCUCUGAAGAUGAUUGACCGUGGCUUGAUCGUGUGCGCGAGAUGUCAAUUGCACUGACAACUGCCAUUGGUAAGGAGACUUGGGCACGAUUUGUGUGGCGUCUGACCUUUUCGCAAUGCUGCUCCUUAACUUACGGUUUGAAUCAAUUCGAUGUCUUUGAACGCAACUGGCAAUCCAGAGGACUGCAAUUAACAUGGCAUGUCGAUGAGUGAUGAGGAGGGCGCGCCAACACGAACGCAUUCAGAGCCGGAUGUCAAUUCACCG